AUACAGCGGGCGCGGUGGCAUCGACCCUCAGACGCCGCCUUCGUGAGUGUAUUUAGGCUCUCCGGUUGCCAGUGGCAACGCAAACAACAAAAGCACGAAAGCAGAACGCCUUCGAUUUUCCCCUUUCCUCCGCCGAAACUCCGGACGGAAUCGAUGGCUUGUGUUCGGAACAGCAUCGGCAGCUCGUGGAAGCUACCGGCGAUGACACUAUCCAAGAAUCGUUUUUGCGGCGGUUUGAGUCAUAAGGUCUGUUUCCUGGGUCAGCGGCGGACUUGGAGUGCCUUGUCGGUCUCCGGUGCUCCAGAAUCUCUCACGUUGUUCCCUCGGGGGAACUUCGUCACGAGGGCUUCGAUUGGUGUUAAUGGGAAAUCUGAUGAUUCAGACCUUUCCGGCAGUGACAAUGGCAGCGCAAAGGAUUCCGUUUUUCUGUCAGGAGAGAGAGUGGUGGCCUUGGUUAUUGGUGGUGGUGGAAGGGAACAUGCACUUUGCUUUGCCUUGCAGCGAUCACCAUCCUGUGAUGGAGUCUUUUGUGCCCCUGGUAAUGCUGGGAUUUCUCAUUCUGGAAGUGCCACCUGCAUAUCAGACCUGAAUAUUUUUGAUAGCAAAGCUGUGAUUGCCUUUUGCCGCAAAUGGGGAGUUGGACUGGUGGUAGUGGGCCCCGAAGCUCCUUUAGUGGCUGGCCUCGUAGAUGAUCUAGUUGAGGCCGGGAUUCCAACCUUCGGUCCCUCGGCUGAGGCUGCAGCACUAGAGGGAUCAAAGGACUUUAUGAAGAAGUUGUGUGACAAAUAUGGCAUCCCUACAGCAAAAUAUCGAACUUUUACAAAUGAUUCACUUGCAAAACAAUAUGUGAAGGAGCAAGGUGCACCAAUUGUUGUCAAGGCGGAUGGACUGGCUGCUGGGAAGGGAGUCAUUGUAGCCAUGACUUUGGAGGAGGCAUAUGAAGCCAUAGACUCCAUGCUGGUUGAUGGUGCUUUUGGCUCUGCUGGUUCACAAGUCAUAAUUGAAGAAUUUCUUGAGGGGGAGGAAGCUUCUUUCUUCGCACUGGUAGAUGGUGAAAAUGCCUUACCUCUUGAAUCUGCACAGGAUCAUAAAAGAGUCGGUGAUGGUGAUACUGGUCCAAAUACUGGUGGAAUGGGGGCAUACUCUCCUGCACCGGUACUAACAGAAGAGCUUCAGUCUGUUGUCAUGGAAUCGAUAAUUCUUCCGACCGUGAAAGGAAUGGCAGCUGAAGGCUGCAAAUUUGUUGGUGUGCUUUAUGCUGGUCUUAUGAUUGAGAGAAAAACGGGAUUGCCUAAGCUCAUCGAGUAUAAUGUGCGCUUUGGAGAUCCAGAAUGCCAGGUUCUGAUGAUGCGUUUGGAGUCUGAUUUGGCACAAGUUUUGCUUGCAGCCUGCAGAGGAGAAUUGGGCAGUGUGUCACUGAAUUGGUCAACUGAAUCAGCAAUGGUGGUGGUCAUGGCCAGUGAAGGUUAUCCUGGACCCUACAAGAGGGGGACCAUGAUAAGAAACCUAGAAGAAGCAGAGCUGCUUUCCCCUAUGGUUAAGAUCUUUCAUGCAAGCACUGAUUUCAACUCAAAUGGUGAUUUCAUUGCUGCUGGUGGUCGAGUGCUCGGAGUUACCGCAAAGGGAAAAGACAUUGAAGAAGCUAGAGAAAGAGUUUAUGAUGCAGUUCAAGCAAUUGACUGGCCCGAAGGAUUCUGCCGCCAUGACAUCGGCUGGAGAGCUCUUCACCUCCGGCAGUUAACCAAUAACCCAUGAGUAGGCUUUUGUAGAUAUCUUGCUGCCUAAUCCCUGAUCUAGUUAUCUUAUGAAAGAUCUUGCAAAAAAAACUUAAUAGUUAAUUGUGCUAUUUGAUUGAUGAACUCUCUUCAACUGAAUGUUGAAGCAAUUAUGGUGCAAUUUAAUGAGAACAAAUUUGGGGUGGUAUAUUAAAAUAUUGUCAACUGGAACUAAAAGGUUACUGA